UAAGAAUAUUAAUAUUUAUAUAACGCUAGGACCCUAUUUUCACAAUCGACGCAAGCAAUCAAAGUCUAACGCGAUAGACAGGAUAAGGAAUCUCCUUAGCAGAAGAUAUAGUUUUCUAGAUAAAUGGAUAGGCAUGGUGAUGGUUCAAUUGUUGAAGGAGAAAGGUGGUCUUCUUCUUCUUCUGUGGGUUUAAAAUCAGGAUACCUAAAAAGUGUUGAAGUCGAAAUCAUCUGGAACCCGCAGUCGGUGCCUUUUUUCUUGAAGAGGGUUCUGAUGGAGGAUUUGGGUGCCCAUCACCUCAUAAAUCACAAGUCAUUAUUGGAGAAUGCAGUACAUGCGGUGCUGUUGGACUCGGGUUUUGUCCGAAUAUACUCCAAUUCGGUUCCCGGUGUUCACUUUACGUCCCGUUUUUAUACUUUGCCUGAAAUACUGCAAAAUCUGGGAGGUAGUAGCAGCACCGGCAGCAGCUGUAGUAAUACGAUUAUUGAAAGGAUAGGGCUGAGGUUUCAGAGCUUAGGGCACUUCGUGAAUGUUUAUGGGUAUUUAAUCGGCGGCGAUUCUGUAUACCGGGUAAGCUUGGAGGCGCACAAGGUUGCAUCCAUUAUUGAAUUCGUUUGGGCAAGCAGAAUAAACGUGAAUGAUAUUGUCAAAGUUGGAUUACUUGAGAUGCAAGAAACCAAAAUUUUUGAUUUUUGGAAGACUAUUAAAGAUGGAAUUGCAUUGCCUUUGAUUAUUGAUCUUUGCGCAAAGGCGGGGUUGCCGUCUCCGCCCUGCCUUAUGAGUCUUCCUCCAGAGCUCAAGGCCAAGAUUUUGAAGUCACUGUGUGGUGUUGAUAUUGCAAAAGUUGAAUGUACCUGCAGGGAGCUGCGACAAUUAGGCAAUGACGAUGAGUUGUGGUGGAACAAGUUAGCGUAUGAGUUUCCGGGGUCGUGGAAUGAGGAUGAUAAUGAUGAUAUGGUAGGGGGAACGAAAACGUGGAAGACGGUUUAUGGUGAUAAAUGGAGGCAGCAAAAAUAUCCCUGGAAUCCAAGGAAUGAGAGGUCUUUCUCUCACGCCAAUUGGCCAAAUUCUGUGCAAGCACUGGAACUCCGUCCUCUUCCUCCUCAUUUUUUUUCCUAUCAAUAUACUGCUUCAAAUUUCCAACAGAGAUGACUUUCAGAUUUCCAAUAUGGAUGACUUUCUCAACCCAUAAAAAGUGAAAUAUCCCUUUUGAGCUGAGCUCUUGUUCUUGCGUCCUCUUCUCUUCCGUUCGGGUAGUUUCUGGCUUUGUUCUUGUUAUUAGUUGGUUGUUUUUUAUGAGCUUAUUAGUUUGUUGUUUUUUAUGAC